AUGCAGCCCGGACAGCAUCUGUUCUUUGUCGGCGCAAUCAAAGGGCCGCAGUGGACAGCAAACAGGGUCCGCCAUGUGGUCCUCAUUGCGGGCGGCGCAGGCAUCACCCCGUGCUACCAGCUGGCGCAAGGAAUUCUCGGCAACGCCAAGGAUCAAACCGCAGUCACACUCAUCUAUGGUGCCAACAGCGACCGAGACAUCCUUUGGAAGAGCCAAAUGGAAGAAUGGCAGCACGCGUUUCCAGAUAGAUUCAAGGUGCUCUUUACCGUCAGCGAGCCGGAAGAGAAUUCGACGCUGACUAGAGGGCGUGUUACGGCCUCGCUGCUUCGAGAUGCCCUGCCGGACCUUGGCAGCAAAGAAUCCGAGGUCUAUGUAUGCGGGCCGCCGGCCAUGGAGACGGCCCUGCUUGGCAGCCGCUCUACAAAGGGGCUGCUGGAGGAACUCGGAUACGGAAAGGAACAGAUUCACAAGUUUUAA